GGCCUGCUGCUCGCCAUGCUCUCCUGUGGGCCGUGCCACCGGGCCGAGGAGGGCGACGGCAGCCAGACUCUCCUUGGCGGCUUCUGCGCUGCUCUCAACAGCCUGCUGGUGGCGUUCCUUUUCUGCUGGUUCGUCACAGGCAACGUGUGGAUCUUCUCCGUUUACCCGCCCAACUACGAUGACACGAUCCCCCAGGAGCCGUACUGUGAUCGCAACCUCUACCUCUUCGCCCUCUGGAGCACUGUGGCCAUGUACGUCCUGCUGGGGGUGCUGCUGCUCGCCUGCAUCUGCCUCUCUGUCUGCAUCUGGAUCUGUGGCAAGAAGGAGCCCAUCAGAGGAUUCACCUGGAAUGUCUGAGUUAGCGAGGGGAGGGUCCUCUCUCUCUCUC